UCUUCCAAAGGUGGUGUAGUGGCAAUCUUUACCAAGGAACACCUUCAGUGCUCGGUUGUCUCCACCAAGUCUGUCCCCAAACAAUUUGAUUUGCUGGUUUUAAGCAUUCAACUUUCAAAUAGCUCUUUGUUGACUUGCUGGGUGUUAUCGUCCUCCAUCAGCACCGGCCUGUACCCUACCUGCCCUAAACUCUCUCCUGGACCCUUACACUAAGUCUGAAUUUGUCCUGCUAGGUGACCUAAACUGGGACAUGCUUAAACCACCUGACCGUCCUAAAGCAAUGGGACUCCCUAAAUCUUUCUCAGAUUAUUACCGAUCCCACAAGGUAUGACUCCAAACACCCAGAAAAGGCUUCUCUCCUUCACGUUAUCCUCACAAAUAAUCCUGAUAGGUAUAAGUCAGGUGUUUUCUGUAAUGACCUUAGUGAUCACUGUUUUACAGCCUGUGUUCGUAAUGGCUACUCAGUGAAAUGACCUGUCCUGAUUUGUCAUAGACGCUUGCUAAAAAACUUUCAUGAGCAAGCCUUCCUUCAUGACCUGGCCUCUGUAAAUUGUUAUAGAAUCAGCUUGAUCCCCUCUGUCGAAGACGCUUGGAUCUUCUUUUUUUAUAUUUUCAGUGGUUAGGAAACACGCCCCCAUAAAGAAAAUGAGAAUUAAAAACCGUUUCAGCGCCUGGUUCGACGGUGAUCUGGCAGAGUUACUCCACCUCAAGAAUUACAUUUACAUUUUAGUCAUUUAGCAGACGCUCUUAUCCAGAGCGACUUACAGUUAGUGAGUGAAUACAUUUUAAUUUUCAUACUGGCCCCCCGUGGGAAACGAACCCACAACCCUGGCGUUGCAAGCGCCAUGCUCUACCAACUGAGCUACAAUUCCAUUUGGCGAAAGGCUCGGCACACGCAUACUCAGGCUGACUGGCUCUUGUUCAGGCAAAUGAGAUAUAAGUGCACUCAGGCCAAAGUUAGUUACUUUAAGGAGCAGUUCUCUCUCUGUGGGUCUAAUCCCAAGAAGUUCUGGAAAACGGUGAAAGACCUGGAAAAUAAACCCUCCUCCUCACAGCUGCCCAUGUCCCUUAAUGUUGAUGAUGUGGUUGUUACUGACAAGGAGCACAUGGCUGAGCUCUUUAAUCACCACUUCAUUAAGUCAGGAUUCCUAUUUGACUCAGCCACGCCUCCUUGCCCAUCCAGAAUUUCCUCAUCUCCCACCCCUUC